UUCUCGCUUCAACAGUGCUUGAACGGAACCGGCUGCUCUCGGCCCUUUGUCCAUCCCCAUCCCAUCCAUCCGUCCGUCUGUCCAUCCGUCUGUCCCGCCAUGGACUCCCAAAUCCGCCAGAAUUUCCACCGCGACUGCGAAGCCGCCGUGAACCGCAUGGCCAACAUGGAGCUGCACGCCUCCUACGUUUACCUCUCCAUGGGUUUUUAUUUCGACAGGGACGACGUGGCUCUGUCGCGACUGGCUCGGUUUUUCCUGGAGCGGUCGCGGGAGCAGCGGGAAGGCGCCGAGGGGCUCCUGCGCUUCCAGACUCGCCGCGGGGGCCGAGUUCUCCUGCAGGACAUCAAGAAGCCGGAGCGGGACACGUGGGGCUCGGCGCUGGAGGCGGCGGAGGCGGCGCUGCACCUGGAGCAAUCGGUGAACCGGGAGCUGCUGCACCUGCACGGCCUGGCUGCCGACAAGGGCGACCCCCACCUCUGUGACUUCCUGGAGUCCCAUUACCUGGAUGAGCAGGUGAAGGCCAUCAAGGUGCUGGGCGACCACGCCACCAACCUGCGGCGUCUCAGCGGUGACGCCGCCGGCCCCGGCUUCGGCGAGUACCUGUUCGACCGUCUGAGCCUGGAGGAGCGCAGCUGAACACCUGUC